CCGGCGCAGGCGCGGGGCUGGGCCGGCCGGGAAAUCCAGGAUGGAGCAGGUCGGGAAGCGGCGGGCGCGGGCAGCCCGGCUGGACACCAUCCUCCGGCACCUCUCCCCGCGGCUGGCGGCAGCGCCCGCCCCCAUAAGUGUUCCUACUUCAGCCCAAGUCAGUGUUGUUCCUCAAACAGGGAGGUUUUGCUAUACCCUGGACAAUAACCUCCUCACCACAGAGCAAAGGCAGUUCUAUGAGGACAAUGGGUAUCUGCUCAUUAAGAAGCUUGUUUCUGAUGAAGACAUUGAGCGCUUCAGGACCGAGUUCCUGAGGAUCUGUAGGAAAGAGGUGAAGCCCCUGGGAGCUAUGAUUAUGAAAGACGAGUCCCUGAGAACCCAGUACAGUCAGUCUGAAAAAUCAGUUAAUAAAGUGCAGGACUUCCAGGAAGAUGAAGAGUUGUUCAGAUACUGUACUCUGCCUGAGAUCCUCAAAUAUGUCGAGUGCUUCACAGGGCCAAACAUCAUGGCAAUGCACACCAUGCUGAUAAACAAACUUCCAGAUUCUGAGAAGCAGACUUUUCUCCACCCCAUGCAUCAGGACUUGCACUAUUUCCCCUUCCGACCUGCGUCCCGCAUCGUCUGCUCCUGGACUGCCAUGGAGAGGGCUGACCAGGACAAUGGCUGCCUGGUCGUGCAGCCAGGGACACACAAGCUGCCCCUGAAGCCUCAUGGCUAUCCACAGUGGGAGGGUAAAACCAACAGACUUUUCCAUGGGCUGCUUGAUGAAGAUGAGAAGAUUCCCAAGGUUCACCUUGUCAUGGAGAAGGGAGACACAGUGUUCUUCCAUCCCCUGCUCAUUCAUGGCUCUGGGAUAAACAAGACAUCAGGUUUCCGAAAGAGCAUAAGCUGUCACUUUGCCAGCUCAGAUUGCUACUACAUUGAUGUGAAGAACACAACCCAAGAGCACCUGGAGAAAGAACUGGUAGACAUAGCUCGUGAGAAAUUCAACAUGACUUCUGUGGAACUCAGGGAUAUUUGGAACUUCCGAGCACGCCUUGUGCAAGGGGAGAGAAUCAACCUGUAGAACAACCCCUGAGGAGCAGGAUGGAAAACACGUGCCUGAGAAGGAGCUGCUCUGAUCCAAGAGUGCAGACCCUGCCUGGGCAGGCAGAAUGAUGUGUGCUUUGUUGACCUCUGUAUUGGUAGCUUAGCCAAAGAUUUUGCAGCAAUUUUAUGGUAAUACAAAAUAAUUGCACUGAUGUUAAACAGCUGAUGUAUGUCAACAGAAACCUAGCCUAGAACACCAGGUUUGCUGUGGGUCUCUUAGACAAUCAAAGAGCUAAGGUCUUGAAAAUAACACCUUGAUUUUCUUGAUGUUUUAAUUCUUCUUUUUUGUCUCACGUGCCACACCUUUGGAAUGAUGCUAUACUAUCCUCAGAUUUUAUGCAAGAAUUUAGGAGAGGGUAGGUUUUUAACUUUUCCAACUUCCUUUUAUAUGCAAAAGAAAUAAGAUUAAUCAGAGUCUCGCACGAACCCUCAGUAUGAGCUCACAGGGGAAGUGAUGAGUACAGCUGGUGAGGGCAAGGGUAUUGGUACCAGCAGAGUCAAUGAUGUAAUGAACUGGAAAAAGGGGAAGCAGCCACCACUCAGAUAAAGAUAGGAUAGAUGGGCUGGAACAUGGUGGCUAGUAGAGUUCCUCAAACAUGACCUGGUGUGGCAUGAUAUCUUACCAGGCAGUGCUGGCACAAGUUGAAUAUGUGGCUGAGAGGGUUGGGAGCUACUGGGCCAUCAAAUCAGCCUCUUAUCAGCCUUGCACAGCUGAUCCAAGGCUGUGUGAAAUGAGGGAGUCCUGCUUUGAGACUGGCAGGUCUGAGAAAAGGUACCUUUUGGAGCUGCCAGGUCAGGAAAGUGUUUGAAUGCUCCUCAGGAGGCACUGGUAGAGGGGUGGAGCGACGUGCACUGAAGUGAUCCUCUUGCCUUUCACAGUGUUUUUCCUCACUUUCUGAAGGAUGCUUUUGCUUUCAGAAUCUAUGUUUUGAAAUACAGAUUAAAUCAGAGCAAAACUGUG